GAUAAUGAAUACUGUGAGAUAUAUCACAACCCGUUGCCAGAAUAGUGUCAGAAAUAUACCACAUUACCGUACAUGCUUAGAGCGUAAGCGGAUCCCUUGGCAGUUAUUCAGGAUUACGUCGAUUUUGUUUUUCCGGUAUCGACGUCAUCAAACCGCGCCGGAAUAAACCCCGAUUGGUGUUUGUUCUCAGCACUGAACUACUGAAGAAGGAUGUCUGGUAGCUUUUAUUUUGUCAUAGUUGGACAUCAUGACAAUCCGGUGUUUGAAAUGGAGUUUCUGCCUCCAGGUAAAUCAGAAUCCAAGGACGACCACCGACACUUGAACCAGUUCAUCGCCCACGCAGCGCUCGACCUGGUGGAUGAAAACAUGUGGCUUUCCAACAACAUGUACCUAAAGACCGUGGAUAAGUUCAAUGAGUGGCUUGUUUCCGCCUUUGUCACAGCUGGACAUAUGCGAUUCAUCAUGCUUCAUGACGUAAGGCAGGAAGACGGAAUUAAGAACUUUUUUAAUGACGUGUAUGAUUUAUACAUCAAGUUUGCAAUGAAUCCUUUUUACGAGCCAAACACUCCCAUCCGCUCCACGGCAUUUGACAGGAAAGUACAAUUCCUGGGGAAGAAGCAUCUCCUCAGCUGAGCCAGAGCUGCAGUUGUACAAGCAGGAAGCAGAUCCAUAGUCUUGAAAGAAUCACUUCUGUUAUCUGCCUGUGUUCUUUAUAAUUUAUAAACACUGGUAUUCCAGCAUCAUGUAACUUUUGAAUUUUCAGUUCAUCAGAUGAAUAUAACUUGGUACAUGUAUAUAAAUGACAUAUUGAAACUGAUUUACACACAACAGGGGAAUGUCUGCUGUAUUUGAGUUUUUUUGUACUUAGUUUAAUCAGGUUAAUUUCAAAAUUGUGUACCUUAUAAUUAAAUGUAGUAAUGGGCAAAACUUGUGACCAGGAGAAUUCUUACCUCCUGCUACCAUCACAAACUCUUCAGUUAUUUAGUGUUAACCAUUAUUACCCAGAGGUCAUUUUGAUUAGAGUUGUGUGCAGUAACAGCUAACUUUUAUUCUUUGUUUUUGUGGGACUUCCCACCCAUCACGAUCGACAGAAUUCUUUGUAUGUAUGUUUUUGGAAACACUGAACACAUUGUUUCCAUCUGCAUGACUUCUCUCUAUAAUUAUUCACAUUGGCAUUGGAAAUUUGUAUGAUUGGUCAUCUCAAUAAAUAAAGAAAACAAUUAAAAAAAAAAAAACAAA